GACUAUUCUUAGGUGUAAUUACUCAUCCAAAUUGACAGCACUGCUGGCAAGUUGGCACCUUGUCAAUCCCACAGUGCCGUGCCAACCCACAUAUUGGGUUUAGGCUUGAGCCUGGGCCUUCCCUGAGGUCUACAACCACCCUCCAACGAGCUGACCUGGGCGCCGGCUCUCCGCGGCUGCUUCUCCCUGCGGCGCGCCUCGGCGCUCGAAGCCGCGUGAUCGCGCCCGUGCUCGCGAUCGCUGGUCGCCCAGCAACCAGAGGGACGCGCGGCCUUUAUCCAGGCGACCGGUCGUUAGUCUGUGGCAGGGGGCAAACGCCCAAGGUUGCUCUGAGCGGUGGUCGUGGGGGCUGUGCGGGAUGUCAGCGAGCACAGAUCAGGUCGCUAACGGCUGUGGUAACGCGGAGGCCAGCGAGUUCCACCGUCUCAAGCAGCGCGCAGCCGAGUAUUACCAGAGCAACGCGGUGCCGCAGAGAAUGCAACAGGUGCUCAACACUAUGUUUUAUGAGAAACCUGACGAUGUUUACGGUCACCUGGCAAAUUAUUUUGUGAGUUUUGCAAAGCCAGCUGCAGUAAGCAGAAUUAUUGGAAGAGAAAUACUGGACAUAAAUGGUCAAUCGACAGUAGAGGCGGAGGUAUUAUGUACUAUAAAGAAUUUUGAAAAGAGUCUAUGUUUUGCUGCAAUGUCUAACUGUUGUAGUGACCCUAACUAUACAACUCAAGGUACUGGUGCAAAUGAUAAUGAGCAAAAAAAUCAAUCUGUCCAGUUUGCUUUGGAAUGGAUCAAUGGACCACUGAACUCUAUGUUGAAAGGGCUUUUACCAGAGAACCAGACUCAUGUGGACAGACUACUAAGUGACUACUUUUGGAGAAAAGUGGAAGAAGAUGAAGAGCAAAGAAAUAAGGAUGAUGAAGAAGAGAAACCAACUGAGCCUGAAUUACCCUCUCCAAUAGUCAGUGCUCCUGUUGGAGAUAAGAAAAAGAAAAGCCCUAAAGACAAAAGAAGUAAUGUUCCAGAAAAGACAAUCAAUCCCCGUUACCCACCGGAAACAUUACUUCCUGGCAGUGUAGCAAUUGGUGUGGUAUCACUGGCAAUGGCCAAAGCUGCAGCCAAACUACAGAAGACCCACUUAUAUUUAUACAUUGCUUCACUGAACCAAGCAGAGGAAUCCCCAAAGAAGAUGAGAAUGCCACUUCCAUUAAUAAGUUUACUUGACUGUGGGAAGUCAUCUGGGGGUAAAUUAAGAUUGCUGAAAGAAGUGAUAGCAGUUCCCCAACCUAAUCUUGGUUAUAAAAAGGCUCUGAAAAUGAUGAGAAAUCUUCAGCAAGAAAUAAGCAAAUGGAUGUUACAACCAAAACAUGGACCUGCAGUAAUAUCUCACUUGGGUUGCUGGAAGAAAGGUUAUGAUCGUAUAGAACAAGCUUUUGAGGUGAUUCAAGAGGCUUGUACCACACUACAAAUGACAUUGGGAGAGGACCUACAUUUGAUGCUCAACUGUGGUGCACAUGAAUUAAUGGAUUAUGAAAAACAGAGAUAUGAAGUUACAACUGGAGUAUUAAAACAUCCUGAUGAUAUGAUAGAGUUCUACACAAAGCUGAUAGAGCAAUAUCCAUCAAUUAUUGGUCUGAUCGAUCCUCUUCGGAAGGAGGAUGUUGAACAGUGGAAUAAGCUAUGUAGUCUUCUUAGUCCCCAGUGUUAUAUCCUGGCUGAUGCAGCUUCAAGGUCAAUAGACAAGCUCCUAACAGAUGGCCUGGGUGCAAAUCAAAGCAGUGGUUUGGUAUUGCAACAUGCCAAUCAAACCACAAUUUCAAAUUUAAUUCACGUUGCAAAAUUAUUGGAAGACAAUGAUUGCAGAUUUAUACCGGGUCUGACAGAUGAAGAUACCACUGACAACAGCCUAGCUGACAUAGCUGUUGGUCUGGGGGCCAGGUUCAUCAAACUGGGAGGUCUAUGUCAUGGAGAGCGGGUGGCAAAAUACAACCGUCUGCUGGCCAUUGAAGAAGAAUUGGCUCAGAGGGGAGCAUUGGGUGAAUCACCUCAACAUCAAUUUCCUGUCAUUAGUGAAGAAGAGAAAGAUCUUGAUCCAGAAAAGACACAAUCUAAGCAACCAGGUUGAACUACAAGCAUAUUGAGCAGGGCUCGAAGUAACCUCAUUGUCAAAAGAUUUUAUUUGAAGACAAGUGAAGAAUAGUCCCAAACAAAUGAUGAUAUAUAUGAGGUGAUUGUAGAAAUUACUUCAACUGGUACUGCAGUUAACAUUUUUAUACAUUCUUAAUAGUAAUCACCCAGUACAUGAAAGCAUUGCUAAUUCACUAUAAAAAUGCAAUAUUCUUAUAGCUUUGUAAAACAGUUUAAAAUAGAGAAUUUUCCCUUUGUUAAACUGGAGGAGUUUCUGAGUGAAGUUCCACUGUCAUUUCAUGUUGAAACCAAUUAACAUUAAUUACCAUUGAUCAGGUUCUCAAGUACAUUUAAGACAAACAUAAGCAGAGUUUCUAGAAAGCAAUCUUGCAUAGUUUGUGUCAAUUCAGUAUAAUCAUAACCAAUUAAUGGUGACUUAAUAUUUUGUGUUUUAAGUGUCAUUGAUUGUAUAUACAUUAUAAAACUAUUCAUCUACACAACUAUUUCAGUUACAUGAAUCCCUUUAUCAUUAACUAAGUACCAGUUGCACAUUGCACUUGAUAAAUAACAAUCAGAAAUCAAUGUUUGCAUCAAUAUAUACAGCUAAGAAUGAACUGCGAUUAGAAAUGCAUUUCCAUAUUCUAAUAUCAUACACUUCAUUUAUUAUACUGAACAAGCACCAGAUCUUAUAGUUUUCCAUUCCCUAUUAAAAUCAAACUUACAUUAAGUUCAUUCAUAUUUACAGUAUGUAAACUUAACACAAUUUUAAUAGCAGAGUCAAGGGAUAUGGGGAGAAGGCAGGAAUGGGGUAUUGAUUGUGGAUGAUCAGCCAUGAUCACAGUGAAUGGCUCGAAGGGCCGAAUGGCCUACUCCUGCAUUAUUGUUUAGUGAUAGAGUCCCUCUUGUUUUUACCACCUAUCACCCCAUCAGCCUCCACAUCCAACACAUUAUCCUCCUCUACCACCAUCUACAAAAGGAUCCUACCACUAAACAGACCUUUACAUCCCCACCACUUUCCAUUGGAAUCGCUCCCUUCACAAUUUCCUUGUCUAUUCGUUCCUCCACACUAAUCUCCCUCUAGGCACUUAACCCUGCAAGAAGCUUAAGUGCUACACCUGCCCCUGUACCUCAUGAUUCACCUCAGGGCCCCAGCAGUCCUUCUAGGUAAGGCAACACCACCUGUGAAUCUGCUAGGUUCGUCUAUUGUAUCCAGUGGUCCCAAUGCGGCCUCCUCUACAUAGAACCAUAGAACUUUACAGCACAGAAACAGGCCUUUUGGCCCUUCUGGGCUGUGCCAAACCAUUUUCUGCCUAGUCCCACUGACCUGCACCUGGGCCAUAUCCCUCCAAACCCCUCUCAUCCAUAUACCUGUCCAAGUUUUUCUUAAAUGUCAAAAGUGAACCCGUCUUCGUCUGCAGCUCAUUCCACACUCCCACCACUCUCUGCGUGAAGAAGUCUCCCCCACCAAUGUUCCCUUUAAAUUUUCCCCCCUUCACUCUUAACCCACAUCCUCUGGUUUUUAUCUCCCCAAACCUCAGUGGAAAAAGCCUGCUUGCAUUCACUCUAUCUAUACCCAUCAUAAUUUUAUACACCUCUAUCGAAUCACCCCUCAUUCUCCUACGCUCCAGGGAAUAAAGUCCUAACCUAUUCAACCUUUCUCUGUAACUCAGUUUCUCAAGUCCCGGAAACAUCCUUGUAAACCUCCUCUGCACUCUUUCAACCUUAUUAAUAUCCUUCCUAUAAUUAGGUGACCAAAACUGCACACAAUACUCCAAAUUCAGUCUCACCAAUGUCUUAUACAACCUCACCAUUACAUUCCAACUCUUAUACUCAAUACUUUGAUUUAUAAAGGCCAAUGUACCAAAAGCUCUCUUUAUGACCCUAUCCACCUGUGACGCCACUUUUAGGGAAUUAUGUAUUUGUACUCCCAGAUCCCUCUGUUCUACUGCACUCCUCAGUGUCCUACCAUUUACCUUGUAUGUUCUACCUUGGUUUGACCUUCCGAAGUGCAAUACCUCACACUUGUCCGCAUUAAACUCCAUCUGCCAUUUUUCAGCCCACUUCUCCAACUGGUCCAAAUCUCUCUGCAAGCUUUGAAAAUCUUCCUCACUGUCCACUACACCUCCAAUCUUUGUAUCAUCAGCAAAUUUGCUGAUCCAAUUUGCCACAUUAUCAUCCAGAUCAUUGAUAUAGAUGACAAAUAACAAUGGACCCAGCACUGAUCCUUGUGGCACACCACUAAUCAUAGGUCUCCACUCAGAGAAGCAAUCCUCCACUACCACUCUCUGGCUUCUUCCAUUGAGCCAAUGUCUAAUCCAAUUUACUAUCUCUCCAUGUAUACCUAGCGACUGAAUCUUCCUAACUAACCUCUCAUGCGGGACCUUGUCAAAGGCCUUACUAAAGUCCAUGUAUACAACAUCCACUGCCUUCCCUGGUAACUUCCUCGAAAAACACUAAUAGAUUGGUUAAACAUGACCUAUCACAAAGCCAUGCUGACUUUUUCUAAUAAGUCCCUGUCUAUCCAAAUACUUGUAGAUCCUAUCUCUUAGUAUUCCUUCCAAUAAUUUACUUAUUACUGAUGUCAAAUUUACCAGCCUAUAAUUUCCUGGCUUACUUUUUGAGCCUUUUUUAAACAAUGGAACAACAUGAGUUAUCCUCAAAUCCUCUGGCACCUGACCUGUUGAUAUCGACAUUUUAAAUAUUUCUGCCAGGGCCCCUGCAAUUUCAACACUAGUCUCCUUCAAGGUCCAAGGGAAUACCCUGUCAGGUCCUGGGGAUUUAUCUACUCUGAUUUGCCUCAAGACAGCAAACACCUCCUCCUCUUUAAACUGUAUAAGUUCCAUGACCUCCCUACUUGUUUGCCUUGCUUCCAUAGACUACAUUCCAGUUUCCUUAGUAAAUACAGAUGCAAAAAACCCAUUUAAUAUCUCUCCCAUUUCUUUUGGCUCCACACAUAGCCAACCACUCUGAUCUUCAUUGGUGAGACUUGUCGUAAAUUGGGACACCGCUUCAUCAAGCACCUAUGCAUCAUCUGCCACAAGCAGGACUUCCUGGUGGCCAAACAUUUUAAUUCCAAUUCCAAUUCCCUUUCCAUUGUGUCGAUCCAUGGCCUCCUCUUAUGCCAAGAUGGAGGAGCAAAAUCUUCUAUGCCAUCUGCUAUCCUCCAACCUGAUGACAUGAAUAUUGAUUUCUCCCUCCAGUAAACAAAUUCCCCCCCACGCCAUUCUUCACUCUGACCUUUUACUUCUUCUCACUGGACUAUUGCUUCCCCCUGUGUCCCCUCUGUGGUGAACUACAUAUAACUGUCUGGACACACCCCUCUGCUGACUGCUCCUGUGGCUCCUCCCACAGACCCCUGUAUAAAGGCGGUUGGAGGCACUGCUCCCCCCUCAGUCUCCAGGAUGUUGUGUGGUGGUUUCUUGCUACUAAUCGUGGUCUCUUGCAGCUAAUAAAAGCCUAUUAUUUGC